AUGGCAGCUAAAGGACGUACUCUCGCCGCGACUGCCGCCACCUUGUCGCAGAAUGCUGACCCGGAGUGGUGGAAGAGGUCAAUCUCGAGACAGCAGGCGCAAGUAUUGAGGGAGGCGGCCGGAUUCGUGUUGAGAGAUGCCAUACGGUUUUACGAAUCUGGAAAGGCCGCCCAAGAAGGGAUUCCGUGUCUGCAACGAGAUAUCGGCACCGCGAGAGAGGCCAUAGACGCCCUUCAACAGGACGGGAUGAGGAAUAAGGAACAAUUGAAGAACAUCCUUUGCGAUUUCGAUAGGAGAUAUGAUUUGCAGCAGGCCUUUCAUGUCAGCGUACUGCGUGACGUUGCCAGUGCCAGAGGGCAGUUCGACAGACUCUCCGAAAAACACGCGUCAUUGGAGAGGGACCUUGCUGCAUUGCCUGACCUACAGUAUGAAAUUGGGCGGCUGCGUAGCCAAGUCGAAUCCCUCAAUGCCGAGUUGGGGCUUCUGAAAGAGGACUAUUCCAUGCUUAGUGAGAAGUCCGAUGCGAAAGAGAGAGCCGAGUGCGCUGGUAAAGGACUUGAUGAGGUUGAACUGAGACGAACCGUGGCCGUGAGAGGGCCGGAAUUGUCACCUCAGCCCGCAGAUUGUAUCACGGUUCAGAGCCGACGGCUAGACCCUGAGCGGCAUUUGGACCUGGUGAAUUUCGAAGACCAUAUGGUGCAUUCCGUACCUCAGAAUGCGACUACGGCUGGGCACAGCGAAGGAAGUGUCCCCGUAGAUCAAGAUAAGCAAGUCACGGCUCUUUUGAAGGAAGCCGAGAGGGAAUAUCUCCAGAAAAGCCCCAAGUCAGACACUAGCUUCAUUUGGUCCUUUCUUGACAGGGUUGAGGACGACAAUCUGUGCAAGCAUAUCCAGACCAGCCUGACAACCCUGGUGGAUGAGAAACUGGUCAAGGAGGCGAGGCCUCGCAGGGGCAAGGACAAACGCCGCGUCGUGAAUAUCUCGCCGAAGUUGACUUGGCACCAAUUCACCCAUGCCAUGAGGAAGAUACGCAUGACUCCUGAGGCUUAG